UGGAAAUGGACUUGCUGCGAUAAGAUGCAAUGACUGUGUCGCAGACACGCUGAUACACCUCAGUGUCUCUUCCGGCUGUGAUGAAUAUAUGUGCAAUGCCCACUGAACACCGGUCUCUAGAGAUGUUCCAAUCUAAACUUAGAUCACUCCCGAAUCUCCCCACGUACGGUACACAUCGAGAUUAUUUCUCAGCGGUCCUGCUCAUUAAAUCUUCGAGUCCCCCUUUGCUCUUUCGCUCUGACAUCCAUUCUGUAAAUCGUCUUGUUUAUCCGCGUCCCAAGUUCACAGGUUUUUUUUUCGAUACAGAAGUUGUUUUGUCCGGUGGGAUACAGUUUCUCAACAAGUGGCUCGGUGAAUAGUUCAACGAAAUGGCAUAUAGUUGGGACAAUCGUGUUAGUUUCAUUGUCAAAUUCCUAUAUGAUAUAGAUAAUAAUGGAGUUCUCGAUCAGCACGAUUUCGAAUGCAUGGCCCUGAAGAUGACGCUGAUCGAGGGAAAGGGAGACUUCAAUUAUAAUCGGUAUCAGGAGAAUCUUCACAUCAUGCUCUCGCUUUGGGAGGAAAUCGCAGAGCUCGCGGACUUCAACAAGGACGGAGUUGUCACUGUGGAGGAGUUUAAAGAGGCUGUACAGAAGAGCUGCGUUGGACGCUCUUACCGUGAUUUUCCACAGGCUAUGAAAAUGUUUAUUGAUAGUCAUUUCAAAUUGGUGGAUAUUAACGACGAUGGUGUAAUAGCAGCCGACGAAUUUCGAUACAAUUGCGUGAGUCGAAUGCCAGUGGACAGUGUCGACGUCCUCGACGAGGCGUAUCAAAAUCUGCUGACGGAUGACGACAGGAAACGCGGAGGACUGACGUUAUCGCGUUACCAAGAGCUCUACGCACAGUUCCUAGGGAAUCCCGACGAAAAUUGCCCUGCAGUGCACCUGUUUGGCCCUUUACGAGAGUCCUGUUAAUCCUCAAUCUCAAAAAUACCCUCACAAUCAAAAAAUCCAUAUCCACAUGUACAAAAGACAGACCACUAAUUAAUUCGAUAGAGAGAUAAUUAGAGCGUAAAUUAAUUAGAUCAAUAGGGGUUUUAAUAACUCGUAGUGAGUCUCAGGAUCCAGUAAGCAUUAUCAAUAUUUUCAUUUGCAAAUUAAUACCACAAUUUGUUAUUUUCACAGUGAAUAAAUAAAUGAAUAUUCAUGUCACCGCAA